AUGUUAGCCUUAGAGAAUAAGGCAAUAUCUUCAUUACGUGGAGGUGGUUGUGGAUCUUUUAAAAUGAAUCCAAGAACAUAUGAAAGCUUAAAGUCAGAUAUUUAAGAUAUAGAAAAUUUUAUUGCCAAAUUCAAUUCUUUUGUUGAAAUAAUUUGUGCUAAAGCUGCUGUUGCUAUCAAUUCAAUAGAAUCUUAAGAGAUAAUGAUAGCCAUACAAUGGUUUAUUUUUUAAGAGGAAAACAUCUACAAACUCAGUAAGAAUACCUAACAUAUCAUAAAUUCAUAUAACUUAAUUAUAGAGGGUAUCCAAAAAUUAUUGAAAAGCUGUUUGAUAUAAAUUAGAACAGAUUCUUUGAAAUGCUUGUAUAUUUUAUAGAUUACAGCAUCUCUAUCUAAAGUCAUAUUUAGUUUCCAUGUAAUGAAUGGGGAUAGAUUUAUGAAAAUUGAUUUAUAAAAGGAAUUUCUGGAUGCUUCUGAUGAUCUAAAAUAGUCAAUGUAAAUAGAGAAGAAUGAGUUGAUUUAAAUUUAAAUGGAAUUGUAUCCUUUCUUAAUAAAAACUUCUUUCUAGACGGCUCCAAAUAACAGAAAAAAAAGGGAAGAUAUUUUAAAUGGAUUUGUAAGCGGUAUAUUUGAUUCUUUAAUAAAAAUGAAACCUAAUGUUGAAUUACUUGAAUCCUUAUUUUUGGCAGCCUGCUAAAUUCACAAAAUGUAAAAAAUUAAAGAAAAUAGAAAAUAAUAUGAAGUUUAUUUUUAAAUAGAUAUGUUAAAAUGGGAGAUCAUACUUAAUUUAAAAAAUGAUAGCUAAAGGGAUUUAUAAUAGAUAAUCUUACAAAUUGAGAAAAUACAUGAAAAACUUGUGAAAAAUUCAAGUAAUUGGAAAAAUCUUAAUUUAUCACCCAAUUAUAACAAAAGAAAAAUUAAAACAGUUGACUAGCUCUUUCAAUCUUGA